CUUGACAGCCGAUAUACUAUUUCGAUAUUUGCAUAUGUGUUUAACGAUUAUUAAAUCAGCUACAGCUAUUACUUUCAGUUAGAAUCUUAAUAUAGAACGGUGGUGUAUUCAUCUUUUAUCUAAUCGAACUAAAAAAUGAAGUGGUAAUUAUGCGUCUUAAAGGGAAACAUAACAGAAAGUCGUUUCCCAGCGUUUACAAGGCUCUUUCCCGUAUAUGUCGUGCUGUUGAUAAAGGUCAAUUAGACAGUCUCAUGGCUGACAGUACAGUAGCUCCAAUUAAGAGUGAAAUCAACAGUAACUCUAUGAAUUUUCCAGCACAACCCAAAAAUGAAAUAUCAGAUAAUUCCAACUCUGUAUAUACCGUUGGACAAUAUGCACCAAAGGUUUUGCAAAAUUUGAAUUCACAAAGACUUAACAAUCAAUUUAGUGAUGUUGGUUUGAUCGUUGGUAAUACAAUUAUUAGAGCUCACAGGUCUGUUUUAGCUGCAAGUAGCGCUUAUUUCAAUGCUAUGUUUACCGGUGGAUUGGUCGAAGAGCAACAAGAGCUUGUAGAGAUUCAUUCGAUACCUGAAAAUAUUUUAUCGAUACUCAUAGAUUUUAUUUAUUCUGGAAAUGUGAAUGUGACACAAGAUAAUGUUCAGGAGCUAUUUGCAGCUGCGGAUAUGCUAGAAUUGAACGAGGUAGUUUCUAGUUGCAUUUCCUAUCUAGAAGAGCAAUUACAUUUUUCGAAUGCCCUUGGAAUUUAUAGAUUUGCAGAGACUCACAAUUGCGCAGAUCUUUUAGAAACUGCCUUACGUUUUAUUCAAAUUAAUUUUCCUAGGGUUUCACAGGAAGAGGAAUUUCUUGAUCUACCAAAGGAGCAUUUAGUCAGUUUUCUAAGCAGUGAAAACAUUCACAUUGACACCGAAUUCCAAGUUUUUGAAGCCGCGUAUAAUUGGAUUACUCAUGAUAUACCUGCUCGACGUUGUUACGUAUUCGAAAUAUUCAGUCACAUAAGACUACGACUAUGCUCAAUGGCUUGUUUAAAUCAAAUAAUUUACAAAUGUAACGAUGGAAGUCUUACAGUAGCAUUGACUUCUAUUAAAAAGGACCUAAUUUGUAAUAAGGGAUGCCUUGUACCACUUCGAGUACAACCUCGCCAUUGUGCUAAAAAAAAUAUUUUAGUAAUUGGCGGCAUAAAACGUGAUUCGAACACAUGGGUCAAGCCCUCCGAAUCAAUCUACGAUACCGUUAAUAAAUACAAUACAUUUAAGAACACAUGGAGCGAAGUUGCGCCUGUACAAAUAGAACGAGUGUUGCCCGGAGUUGCGCUAUUAAGUGGAAAAGUGUAUGUCGUAGGCGGGGAGAUAGAUUAUGAUAUUAUCGCCAGUGGCGAAUGCUAUGAUCCUCACGACAACGUAUGGACAUCUAUAGCUUGUAUGGUGGAGCCCCGAUGUGAAUUUGGAUUAUGCGCCUUUAAUAAUAAUUUAUAUGCUUUUGGUGGAUGGGUUGGCGAAGAUAUUGGCGAUACUAUAGAGAUUUACGAUCCAGUGAUUAAUUUUUGGACUGUUAGUGGAAAACUGCCAGAGCCACGAUUCAGCAUGGGUGUCGUCGCUUACGAUGGGCUCAUAUACAUUGUUGGCGGAUGUUCACAUGAUAUUAGGCAUCGUAAGGAUGUGAUGAGUUAUAAUCCAUCGACGCAAGAAUGGAGAUCAUUGGCACCAAUGAUGACACCUCGUUCGCAAAUGGGUAUUGCUGUACUCGAUGACUAUAUGUACGUUGUUGGAGGGACCAAUAAAUAUCAAGAAGUUUUAUCAUCCGUUGAAAGAUAUUCUUUUAAAAAGAAUACAUGGGCUAUAAUUCCCCCAUUAACUGUCGGUCGAUCAUACCCUGCGGUAGCGGCAGCUGAUAACCAUUUAUAUGUAAUAGGUGGUGAUCAUCAGCAAGAAAUUAAUUUCUAUUGGAGACACAUAACAGUAUCUUCCGUCGAACGUUAUGAUCCACUUUUGUGCAAAUGGUUUGAAUGCGCUCCACUUCCCAACAGCAGAGGUGAAGCAGCUGCUGUUGCCGUUCACUUUUGAUUGUAAUUUUAGCUUUUAUUAUUGGUCACUUUACUCCUAUACUUACAUUUUAUUCGAGACAUUUUCAUUCAAUUAAAAAAUAGUAAUACCAGAAAUGGGCGUACGUACUAUAAGAAUAAGAAAUAAAAUUUAACAUUCUUUAUUUUAUUAAUAAUAUAGGCAUAUAUAUAUAGAUA